AUGUUCCAGGCCUAUGGAGAUAAGCAGGGUCCUCUUCAUGGCAUGCUCAUCAACACACCCUACGUCACUAAAGACCUCCUGCAGUCCAAACGCUUCCAGGCCCAGAGCCUCGGUACCACCUAUGUCUAUGACUUUCCAGAGAUGUUCCGUCAGGUGACAUGCAGGGCCAUUGGAAUUGGAGCAUAUCUGGUGAGACUGGGCCAAAGAACCAUACAGGUGGAGAACUCUCACAUCAUCCUGACUGGAGCUGGAGCUCUCAAUAAGGUUCUGGGUCGUGAAGUGUACACCUCCAAUAACCAGCUGGGUGGAGUACAGAUCAUGCACAAUAAUGGUGUCACACACACCACUGUAUCCUAUCGAUCGGCCAGUGGAGUUUGUUCCUACGAAGGCACCUUACGACCCACGCUGGAUGUUAGCAGGACGUCCCAGUCAGAGUUGGGCGGGAUCCCAACUGGAGUCGUUGCAGUGGAAACCCGAUCAGUGGAGCUGUCAAUCCCAGCAGACCCAGCGAAUUUGGACUCCGAAGCAAAGAUCAUCCAACAAGCAGGGCAAGUGUGGUUCCCCGACUCUGCCUUUAAGACUGCACAGGCCAUUAAAGACUUCAACAGAGAGGGGCUUCCACUUAUGGUGUUUGCCAACUGGAGGGGCUUCUCUGGAGGGAUGAAAGACAUGUAUGACCAGGUGCUGAAGUUUGGAGCAUAUAUAGUGGACGGGCUGAGAGAAUACAGCCAGCCAGUGUUUGUGUACAUCCCUCCGCAGGCAGAGCUCAGGGGAGGGUCAUGGGUCGUCAUAGACCCCACCAUCAACCUUCGCCACAUGGAGAUGUAUGCAGAUAAGGACAGCCGUGGUGGCGUGUUGGAGCCUGAAGGCACGGUGGAGAUCAAGUUCCGUAAAAAAGACCUGGUGAAGACCAUGAGGCGGGUGGACCCUGUAUACAUGGGGCUUGCAGAAAGAUUGGGCACCCCAGAAUUGAGUGUAUCUGAGCGUAAAGAGCUGGAGAGUAAACUGAAAGAGAGAGAAGAGUUCCUGCUGCCCAUAUAUCAUCAAGUAGCCGUGCAGUUUGCCGACCUUCAUGACACACCGGGCCGCAUGCAGGAGAAAGGAGUCAUCACCGAUGUCCUGGAGUGGCAGACAUCUCGACUGUUCUUCUACUGGCGCUUGCGGCGGUUAUUGCUGGAGGACACUGUUAAGAGGAAGAUCCAGUGUGCUAACAGUGAGCUGACGGACGGCCAGGUUCAGGCCAUGCUCCGCCGCUGGUUCGUGGAAGCAGAGGGAGCUGUGAAAGCUUAUCUGUGGGACAGUAAUGAGGAUGUUGUGGAGUGGUUGGAGAGGCAGCUGGCAGAGGAAGAGGGUGCCAGAUCUGUCAUCGAUGAGAAUAUCAAAUAUAUCCGCAGGGAUCACAUCCUCAAACAGAUCCGCAGCCUGGUUCAAGCUAACCCUGAAGUGGCCAUGGACUCCAUUGUUCACAUGACCCAGCACAUUUCCCCCACGCAGCGUGCUGAGGUGGUCCGCAUCCUGUCCACCAUGGACGCCCCUGCGUCAUCGUAGAGCCCUGUUUACACACAAUCAUCUCAGAGGCCUGAUGUUACUGGAAACUAGAACUAGAGGAGCCAACAUGGCAGUGUUGUGACUGACUUCACAUUGUUGGCUAUGAUUCUGAAAGUACGAGUUAUAACAGAUACUCGGUGUCAGAACUUAUGAAUGCACAUCAAUGCGCACCUUUAGAAACACUUAAGUAAAAAAAGGUACUAGUGUUGUCAUUUAGUUUUGCAGUCUAGUCAAGUGCACUUUGAGACUUAGAUUGAACAGAGACCAAUUGUAGAAACAAGCUUCCCAAAGCUGCUGUUAGAGGAUCUCUGUAUAAGGGAGAACAUUGCAACUUAAAAAUCAACUUUAAACUUUCUCCUACAACGGUUUGGUUAUAACACCCAUCCACACUGAGAGUAAGCGAUGUCAUAACUAGAUCACUCCUGCUUCGUGAGUGAUGUAGCUGUAUUUCGUCGCAUCAUUCGUUUUGUAGACAUGGUAUUAUUCUUCACAUACAGGAUGGUCGAUUGAGCCAUAUGACCACACUUGUGACUGCGCUCUUUUCAUUCCCUUGUGGCUUAACCAAAAAAUAAAUAAAUAAAAAAUGUGUAUCCACUGGUAUUGUACUUAUAAAUAUGUUUAUUUUUUAGCAUAGAUGAUAUAAUACAAAGAAGUCGUUAAUAACUUAUUAAACAAACAUGUCUAAGUCAUCAUCAAGUGCUGCACACUGUAGUUCAACAUAGUAGACUGUACUGUAAGUGCAUAACUGUAGAACAUGAUUGUUGUUACAACAUACAUAUUCUGCAAUGUCAGGAGUGCAGUGUAAAUAUAUAUACUAAAUGAAAACAAUGGAAGUGGCAAAGGAUACUUGAGAGGUGAAUGGAAUAUUAUACACAAUUUAAACUGGCAGUCAUGAUGCUCCGUUGUAUCCUCACUCUCAUUGGAAUCAUGAUGGUUGUUGCCACUCCAGUGCUAGCACUUGACCCAAUGAAAGGUGAAAAUUGUCAGAUUUGUUGACAUGCUGUGACCCAUCGUGUGCUGGAUUGUCUCAUGCGUCUGUAAGUGUUGCUAAGCGUGUUACUGAAGAGCUCAGAAGCUCUCUCUCUUGUCAAAAUGGAGGAUUUCCUGUUUACUGUGGCAAGCUGUAAUUGCCUCUAAAAAAUUACUAAAUAAAAUCAAAUUCUUACGUUAAAUUC